GAAGGGUGCGACGGGAGAGGAACUGAAAUUCAUAAGCGAGAAAAUCAUGGGUACUUAACAACUCACGAAUCGUUGUUUGAUUUCUCGAGUUGUUUUGAUCCUCGUGAGAUCCGCCGGGACUCGGAAUCGGCCUUUACCGAUUGAGUCUGUUCCGGAGACGACCGAAGCUGAAAUAAUCAGAUAAGAUGAGUCACAAUGAAUUACUUGCUCACCGCUCCGCGGGCAUAAAGUUCCCUCCCCAAUAAAACCACUCAACGAGGCUACCAUUCCCCCGCUCCCUUACCACCCUUCAGACCAUGUCUUCAGCAGCAUCGUCAGCAACAGACAUCCCCACCGUUUGCAUCUUGGGUGCUUCGUAUGGAGGCCACCGAGCUGUCCAAGUCCUCGUUAAUAGUCUUCCUCAUGGCUGGAGAAUUGUUGUCAUCGAGCGUAACACGCAUUGCAAUCACCUAUACGUCUUCCCCCGUAUAGCCGUCAUACCAGGGCACGAACAUAAAGCUUUCAUACCCUACACCAACAUCUUCAAAACAUCCCCAACACUCACCACUCCACAAACUCCACUGGCCGAUCCGUCUUCACACGUCCUCAUCCACGGUCACGUUACGGCGGUUCACCCCCACUCCGUUCGAUACAUCUCCCUCGACCAAGGCGCUUCGUUAGAGGAGCGUCAAGUCAGAUUCAAUUAUUUAAUCUAUGCACUAGGAAGCCAUUUACCAGCACCCAUCAAUAUUUGGAGCGAAGAACCUCUGAAGAACAUACCCAAGCUCCGAAAAAAAUAUUCACUUGGACCACCUACCCCUACAGGCUCUCACGCCCCCACAACAGCGUCAACUCCAUCUACACCAUCAACCAUAGCUUCUCGUUCUCCCACAAAUUCGCUGUUCUCAUUUGCACCCACAAUAAGCAGCGAUUCUAGUACGAACGCCACGAGCACACCGGCACAGCAUGCUCCUCACAACCGCGAACACCACCAUCAUAUCCCAGCGUCGAUUCGUGCGCUUGGAGGAUUGACGAUCCCUUCAACACCUUCCCCAUUCAAUCACGUUCAUGAUCAGAGGCAUUAUACCCGUGUUAAAGACGAGAAGUUUGAUGAAGAGCUAGAGAGACGACUCAAGAAAUUGGCAGUCCGGCCGGGCCGUAAUUCUCCUUCGUCAUCAUUUUCAUCCUCAUCCGACCUCGAUUACGAAGAAGCAAAAUCAGAGAAAGAAGAUGACGGACAACCCUACGUCCUAAAUGCAGCUUCCAUUCUUCAACAUGGUACCAAGCCCGAAGGCCUUUUAUGGUUACGUUCUGCGCAGGAAAGAGUGAAGAAUAGUGAAAGUGUAUUGGUGAUCGGAGGAGGUGCAUUAGGUGUACAGUUCGCGACGGAUAUCAAAGGAUUUUACGGAGAAGGGAAGGAAGUGACGCUUGUCCAUUCCGGAGACAGAUUGUUGCCUAGAUUUGACAAGUGGAUGCAUGAACAAAUUAUUGUUCAGUUGGAACGGCUUGGUGUCAAAGUUUUGUUGUCCUCUAGGGUGGAUCUGUCGAGCAAGACGGAACGGACGCUGAGGACCUGUGAUGGACGAUUGAUCAGUGCAGAGUUGAUCCUCCUUUGCACCGGUCAGAAACCAAACACCUCCCUCCUCUCCAAGAUAGCCCCCCACAGCAUUAACCCUAGAACAGGUCUUGUUACUGUACUCCGCUCGAUGCAAAUCGGCUACUUUGAGCGACCCACUCCCCCUCCUGUUCCUUCUAUUCUCGACGACGCUCCGCUUGCGGCCGGUUUCACCUGCGCCAAGGGAUUACCGGAGGAUGAAUGUCUGUGUAGGGGGAGUAAUAGGUUUAAUUUUAAACUUCCAAAGGGUUUGGCUGGGCCUUCGGAUUCCCCAUCCCAUCAUUCUAUUGUUUCUGGGAACCUCUCCAGCAGUCCUACCACCACCCUCGCCACCUCUGAUAUAACGAUGGGAGGAAAUUGGGGCGGUGACGCCGCCGAUGCAUUUGGGGCGCUCAAUGCGGGCCAUACAGCUUGGACUCAGGCGGAGGUCGCUAGUAGGAAUGUGAUAAGGAUGAUUGAAAGCGGUGGGAGAGCAAAGGUUGGAUCGAAGCCCCCUUGUCAGGACAGAGUUCUGGAGAAGGGGGCGAAUCUCGAUGAUGGACCUCCUUCGAUGCCGCUGCGGAUCAAAUUGACGCCCAUGGGGAAUCGGAACAAGAUUUGGCCCCUCGAUCCUGCCGCUUCCGCUUAUGACUCGACGUCGAGACGUUCACAGGAAACUGAAGACAGAGAACUUCCCGAACUUGAACACUAUAUAGCCCCGCCACCCAGUAUCAAGAUUAGUAUUGGACUUGACAAAGCGAUUUAUCAAUCUAAAGGCAAUGUUGGAUUCAAGGGGCCUGAGGAGUGUCCCAUUGAUUUAAACGCGGGGGGAUGUGGAAGAGGAGGGGGUUGGGGACGGAUGAUAUGACGAUUUGAGUCACUAUUCUGGUGAUCUCAGUUCGGGCCGUGGUGAAGUAGCCUCCGUCUGAAAAGGUGAUAACUUAUUUUGCUUUCUUGCUACAUACAUUACUUGCUUUCAACCUGCAAAGCACAAACUACCAUCCAUUUGCUCUUAGAGCACGUAGAUCGUGUUAGGAUGUUAG